AUGAAACUCUUCUAAAAAUUGAAUUACUUGGUAAUAUGCAUUCUUAAUUUAAGACCUUAUAAAAACUUACAAAAAAAAUAAAAGAGAAAAGUAAUUAAAGCAAAUAGAACUAGAACCCCUAAUUAAUACAUAUUUAUUAUAAUAACUACAAUCAAAAUCGAAUUCAAUUUUUAUUAGAGCUAGUUCAUAUAGCAUUACUAAAAAAAGAUUAUUCAAAAAUAACAAUUGAAAAAAAUUCAUCAUGUUUAUUUCAAAUCAUUUAGUUAAUAUUAAGUUUUAAAAUAUUAGCCCGGUUUUUUCAUUUUGGUAUAUAUAAUUGAUUAAUUUUUGUUUAUUAUUCAAUUUUAAUACAAUUAUAUAACCAUGGAAAAAAGCACGUGCAUUAGCAUGUACAGCUUGCUAAAUUUUAAAAUAAAAAAAGAUAUUAAGUAUAUUUAUUUAUAUAGUAUAAAUAAAGCUCUAUUUAAUGUUAUAUAUAGAAAAUUUUAUGAAUUAGAUUUAACCAUUAAAAAUUUGUCAAUAAAUUUCUAAUUAAUUAGUUCUAAAAAAUUGCCCUCCAGUCGAAAUGCUUGGAAGGCUAAAAAUUAGGCAUAAUAGGUAGAAUGUCAUUUUUUCUACCUAUUAACCCAUAAAGGCUCCGAUUGUAAAUUCUCUAAUUUUUAAAUAUAUAACUUGUAAUUUUGUCUAAAUAUUUGA